CCCUCCGCCGCUGAUCAUUUGAUUGGCGGCAGCUGUGAGAGACGCAGCGGCGCAGGAGACGCGAUGGUAAGGAACCCGGAUUAUCGCCGUGCGGUCAGUCAGACUCCGUGUGUUCGGAGCAGAAGCAGCGUUUACAGGUUCGGGUUCAAACUCCGUGAGUGACUUUCACCUGAUUCAGGUUCACGUCAGUUACAGAGUUUUAGGUAGAAAACUGUGUUAAACGGAAGUUUCCUGUCGGACUGUGCAGCUGCAGCGCCCCCUGCUGUCUGUCUGCGGGAAGCGCCGCAACUCGUUGGAAUGAUUUUAUUCACAAUUUAAAUUAUUUUCUCUGCAGGUUUCCUCAUUUCUGUUUCUACAAACACCUGUGUGUGUGUCUGUAUGUGUGUGUCUGUGUGUGUGUGUCUGUGUGUGUCUGCGUGUGUGUGUGUGUCAGUUUCAGGUCCAGAUGGAGGACUGUCUGCUCCGUGGAGACUCUUCUCAUCUGGUUUCUGUUCUUCACUAUGAAGGACUGACCAGCACCACUCUCACCAGACUGGACCAGCUGGUUACCAAGGUAACAGAAUGGGGCAGUCACCAUGGAAACCGCUGUGGGCCUGUUCGUCUGUCUCUGAAUGAACCCCGUGAGCUGGUCCGUGUGUGUCCUCAGGAUCUGUGUGGAUCUGGGUUCAGCAGAGUCCAGGUCGUGUUGAAGUGUUUGGAGACUGUGUCGGAGGACAGAGGGGACAUGCAGACACUCAUGAGCCACGGACUGACCGCCAAAGUGUUGUUGUGGUUUGAAGCCGUCCGUGACCUGCUGACCUCUGACCUCCACAAAAGCUCUGGCCCCCUGCUGAGCCUGACUGAGGAGUUCUAUGAUUACUUCCUGCUGCUGGGACAGGCGUCUCUCCCAGUCAGUCAGCUGUCUGUGGUUCUUCUUCAGUUGGCUCAGUUGGCUCUGGACCCAAAAAUCCACUUUCCUCUGAGACUGGAGGCCAUCAGAACCUUCAACAGCAUCCUGGAGUCUCUGAGCCGAGAGCAGAGGAGACUGAUCCAGAUCGACCAGAACCAGAACCAGAUACUCUCUCAGGUGGCAGCAGCAGUUCUGACGGUUGGAGACUACGAGCUUCAGGUCAGCCUAUCAGAGGCUCUGUGUCGUCUGACGCCCAGGAAGGACCGUCAGCAGAGAGCCAAUCAGUGGUUCUCCUGCUGUGACAUCAGCAACGCCUUCUGUGACAUCAGAGACGCAGACUUUGAGGUGGACUGCAGGCGUUUCCUGAACUUUGUUAACCGUCGCCAUGGCAACCAGAGGAGGGUCUACACCUUCCCCUGUAUCAGGGCGUUCCUGGACUCCACUCAGGUAAAACGUUUCUCCCUUUACACGCAAACCACACGUCACACGCCAACGUCAUGUUUUCUUCUUCUGCAGCUGUUUCGACCAAAAGACGACAAACUGGACGAGUUCUGGAUCGACUUCAACGUCGGCUCAGGAUGUGUGAGCUUCUUCAUCGACGAGCCUGAGGGCCUCCUGUGGGGGUCCAUCCACCUGCUGAAAGAGGAAGUGACUCACUACAGUUUCCAGGUCAAACACGACGGAUGCACUGCAGCACAGACGGUCCUCACUGUCCAGCUGAAUAAUCCCAUCACGCACCACAACAGCAGAGGUCAGACAGUGGAGCUGAGCUUCAAGUGUGAACUUCAGAUGGAGCUGGAGGAGGCUGCUGGGAGAGUCUUCAUGAAAAUGAAGAGCUCCCCCUGUUGUCAGGACACAGGUGGUACAGUCCAGCCCCCCCCCUCUGCAGACAAACACAGUGGUCGAUCCUACAGCAGGAAGAAACCACAGAGCAAGAGUCAGCUGAGGAUUUUGCCUCUGUCGUCUCCGAGCAGUGAGGACGACUCCUCCGUAACGAAGACUCCAGGAAAAAGCCGAGCGGAGUUUCUGUUUGAUCAGAUCAGACACUCGACUCCGACGUACGACUCAGGUGUUCCUGUCAGGGCGGAGCCAGAGGUCACACAGGGGGACACAGACGAGUCCGGAGGAGGCAGCUCUCGCUUACAACAGGAAGCGUUCAGCAGUGACAGGAAGAGAUCUGCUGCUGACUCAGGCUACCUGUCAGACCAAACUGAGGGCACAACAUCCCAUAAAAGGAAGGUGGAGCCUCAGCCAGAAGGGGCGGAGUGUAACUCCGCCAUGACAGAGAGGUCACCUGAGGGGGUGGGGCCAUCUACAGAUCAGGAGGAGGAGCUAUCCGGUGGAGGGGCGGGGCCACGCGUAAAGACAGAGGAGCCUGUGAAGACACCAGAGACAGAGGUGGAGUCAGACGUGACUUCGGGCAUCGCAGCUGCCUUCAAAACCUUCAAAACACAACUGGAGCAGAGCUUCACUGGCUGCUGGCAGAAGGCUGAACAGGAAGUCCUCCAGUCUCUGAAAGAGUGUCAGCAGCACACCUCAUCGCUGCUCACAGCCGUCCAUCAGCACAGGUUAUUGCUGCUGCAGAGGUUUGAGAACAGCGUCACUGAUCAGCUGAGCCGACUGGAAGAAAACUCAGCGAACCUGAGCUCCGUGAACACGCAGAUCCUGAGUUUCUUCCAGUCUGAGAUCCAGCGCCUGGCCUCGUUCUGUGACGAACACCUGCAGAGGUUGAAAUGUUUGGAGAAUGGAGUGUCGAAGAAUCUGUCCAACCAAUGAAGACGGAGAGAAGAGCUCGUCCAAUCAGGAAGAACCUUAUAGAUGUUUAAAGUUUUCACCUCAGAUUUGUGAUCUGGUUUCAGUCAGACCAAAUCCUGAUCUGUUGGAAAAAAAUGGGAUCACUGUCAGUCACCAGACUUCUUUCAUAUUUUGGUGAUUUUUAUGUUUUCAUGUUUCCACUUGAGUUAAAGGAGCAGAUUCUCCUCUGAGGACAGAAAAAACUUUCUGAACAAAAAAAAAUAAAGAAUGAAUUC